AAAAACAAAUGGGGGCGAGAAUGGGCUUCCAUACAAACACAAUUUUGUUAGACUGUUGGUUUUGUAUAAUGCUAUACACUGCAAUCCACACAUUGCUAGUUGUGCGCACCGUUWCACCAGUCCGUGUUUUCCUACAUACCCUAUCUGCCCCAGCUGACUGGUAGUUGUUUACUGGUGAAUAGACAGAGAAGAAAAGGUGGGAACCUGAGAGGUGCUGUAUACGAUAAUCGAAGUUUUUCCCCACAUAGCAGUUUAUUAUGCCAUUAAGUUUGUUUACCUCAUAUUCCUGAUUCUGACAGCGGUUAUUUACUUGAUUUAAUUGCCGGUUUUGAAGCGUCGUAUUUAUAUUAGCUGUUUUGCCAGAUAAUCUGAAGAAGGGAGUUCUCACACUUUUUAGCAAUGUGCUGGAAACGCGGGGCUAUUUGUUUAGUGGCUAAACGUAACGUUCGCUGGAUCCAUUUUUUUUUUGGGUGGUGGGGGGUGUUUUCAUGUUGUCAUGGGCUGGCUGUAGCGACUGAAUCAGUUCAGAGGAAGGUCGUUAAAAUAUAUCCACGUUUUUCCUGCACGUAUCCAAAGUUCAUGGGAUGUGUUCACAUUUUUCUUCUCACGUUUUAAAACUAGGUGUUUUCCUGUGAUACGGCGAAGAAGUGCAAUACUUGGAAGUGCAUGAAACACUCAGCGACCUGUGGAUUACAGCAAGGUAGCCAACGUUAGCUAGCUUCUUGGGKCUAUAGAAGUUCGGCUACAUAACUGGAUUUUUGGAAAGAAGAGGACACCCAGAUUUCUAAAUUAUCAAACAUUCAUCUUAAAGAAUUUCUUUAUAAUACGAAAAUACUGUCUCUGGGUGCCUUUCAACAGUGGAACCUCGUUUAUCGUGGAAUGAGGCCGUGGCUAGUUACUUACUAGUUUAGCUAACGUUAGCGGUGUGGGAUUUAUUUUUUCUCGAAUCGGAAUACUUAAAAAAAAAUCUAACAUAAUAAAGUGAACUAUCCCAUACAAUUGUGGGAAAUGACUMUUUUUAUUCGCAAAUGUGUCGCCAGAACACACGAUCACGCUAUUUAGUGGUACUUUUUUUCAGGGAGAACCGAAAUCACAAAGUUAGCUGAAGAUAUUKCUGUUAAUUAAGAUACAACCACGUUGGACCCCUGGCCCCUUUUUAGGGGGGCUAACUGGACUAGCUAGCUUGAUUUAUCUUCACCUUUUGAAAACUUUUUUUUUGUUAUUGGAUUUCCUAAACGAACUUUGGAUAUCUUCAAAACACACAGAGAACACAAUCGAAGUCACAAUGCGGCUUGGGACCUCAGCGGUUGUUUUGGUUACUUUUAUCUACAUUGGAUGCCAGUGUGUCCUAACAAAUGGAGAAAUCUGUCAGAGUAAGGAUAUCCGUAACAACGUGACCAACCUGCAGUUAUUAGAGAACUGCACAGUAAUUGAGGGCCACUUGAAGAUCCUCCUCAUGUUCAAGGCCAAGCCUGAGGACUUCAGGGGCCUCAGCUACCCCAAGCUGACCGUUGUCACCGACUUCCUCCUCCUGUUUAGGGUCUACGGUCUAGAGUCCCUCAGCGAUCUGUUCCCCAACCUGACGGUGAUCCGAGGCAACAACCUGUUUUUCAACUACGCCCUGGUUYUGUUUGAGAUGGUGGACCUUAAGGAGCUGGGGCUCCAGAGCCUCAUGAACAUCACCCGGGGAGCCGUGAGGGUGGAGAAGAACCCGGACCUCUGCUACCUCUCCACCCUAGACUGGUCCAAGAUCCUGGACACAGUGGAGGACAAUUACAUCGUGGCCAAUAAGAAUGACCGGGAGUGUGGGGAUGUGUGUCCAGGCACGGCCUAUGGGAAGACCACCUGUCCUCAGACUACCAUCAAUGGACACUUUGGAGAGCGCUGCUGGACUCAGAACCACUGCCAGAGAAYAUGA